AUGCCGCUUCCCGACAAACACAAAUUCAAAGCCAUAAUAGUCGGCGGCUCCGUAGCGGGCCUAACACUAGCACACGCCUUCUCGCACGCCAACAUCGAUUAUGUCCUCCUCGAAGCACGUGAUACCAUCUCGCCCCAAAUCGGCGCCUCGAUAGUCAUAAUGCCGAACGGAGCCCGGAUCCUGGAUCAGAUGGGUCUGUACGAUGAGCUGAGACGCGAGAUCAUGACGCCUAUGACGCGGAGUUUCUUGCGGCAGGAGGACGACGGGAGGUUGGUUAGUAGUAAUGAGUGGCCGAGGAUGGUUGAGGAGAGAUUGGGGUAUACUUGUGGGAUCUCGGAAAGGAUGCUGUUUCUGAGAUCGAUGUAUGGACAGUUGAAGGAUAAGUCGAAAGUUCGGCUGAGUAAGAAAGUUGUUUCUAUUCAGCAUGGUAGUGAUUCUGUUACGGUGAAGUGUGAGGAUGGGUCGGAGUUUACGGGCGAUGUUGUUAUUGGAGCAGAUGGGAUUCAUAGUCGGACGAGGACAGAGAUGCAGCGAUACGCGAGGGAGACUGGUCCGCCGGGACUGAUGGACAAGGAUGAGAAUUGCAUCACAGCAGAAUACACCUGCAUCUUCGGAAUCUCCCGCCCCAUCCCGACCCUCCACCCAGGCGACAACCACGUCUCCAGCUCGAUCGACCACUCAGGCCUAAUGUUCAUCACCAGCGACCGCCUCCCGCAAUGGUUCUUCAUCUCCAAGAUGCCAUCGAAAACCAUCGGGUCCUCGAUCCCGCGCUUCACCGGCCCGCAAAUGAGAGCCGAAGUCCAGAAAUUCGCCGACUUCAAAUUCACGGAUACCGUGACGUUCGGGGAUUUGACGGAGAGGGCGGAGAAAAUGAGUUGGUUUGCGUUGGAGGAGGCGAAUCAUGAGGUGUGGACGUAUGGACGGGUGGUUUGUUUGGGAGAUGCGAUUCAUAAGAUGACGCCUAAUUUGGGGCAGGGUGGGAAUCAGGCGAUUGAGAGUGCGGCUGUUUUGACUAAUUGUUUGGUGGAGAUGUUGGAUGGCCAGGAGGGGAAUGUGGACUUGGGGGAGUUGCAGGGGGCGUUGAGGAAGUAUCAGGAUUUGAGGCAGAGGAGGGCGGAGAAGUUUAUCCGGCUUUCGGGGAUGAUUACUCGGAAUGAGGCGUUGGAGACGUUGCGGCAUGUGUUGAGAUUCUUGUACUUUGAGCCGUUGAGUGGGGAGAUGUUGGCUGACAUUCAAACUGAGAUGUAUCACACGGCGCCAUAUCUCAAUUUCCUGCCCUUGCCAUCGAAAACCAGAGACAACGAGUUAUGGAUUGAAGGAAUGAAGAGAGUGAAGGCUAGAAAAGAUGUACCAUUACCAAAGUAUGCGUUGCCUGGAAUUCUUUUCCAAACCCAACUAACAGCUUGCUAG